GCAGAACGCGACCGAGAGCGCCCCAGAGCAGCUUCCGCGCUCUUCCUCGAGUAGGACGCCCGCCCGCCAUCCAGACCUCCAGCCCGCAGACGGGCCUGCGCCUUCUUGCCCAGCGAGACCGCCUCACCCACAGCACCGCACCGACCCAGCCACGCCAGGCCCUCGCGCUGUGCACCAGUGUGUUGGCGUCUUCGCUGCCGCGUUCGUCCCGGACUGCUUCUGCGCGCCACAAUGAGCUCCCGCACGGCCAGGACGCUCGCCUUCACCGUCAUCAUUCUCCACUUGACCAAGCUGGCGCUCACCACCUGCCCCGCCGCCUGCCACUGCCCCCUGGAGGCGCCCAAGUGCGCCCCGGGAGUCGGGCUGGUCCGGGACGGCUGCGGCUGCUGUAAGGUCUGCGCCAAGCAGCUCAACGAGGACUGCAGCAAAACGCAGCCUUGCGACCACACCAAAGGGCUGGAAUGCAAUUUCGGCGCCAGCUCUACCGCUCUGAAGGGGAUCUGCAGAGCUCAGUCAGAGGGCAGGCCCUGUGAAUAUAACUCCAGAAUCUACCAGAACGGGGAAAGUUUCCAGCCCAACUGUAAACAUCAGUGCACAUGUAUCGAUGGCGCGGUGGGCUGCAUUCCUUUGUGUCCCCAGGAAUUAUCUCUGCCCAACCUGGGCUGCCCCAACCCCCGGCUUGUCAAAGUUACCGGGCAGUGCUGUGAGGAGUGGGUCUGUGAUGAGGAUGGUGCCAAGGACCCCAGGGAAGACAGGGACAGCCUCUUCAGCAAGGGGCUGGGAUUGGAUGCUUCAGAGGUGGAGUUAACACGAAACAAUGAACUAAUUGCAGUUGGAAAAGGCGGACCCCUGAAGCGACUCCCUGUUUUUGGACUGGAACCUCACAUCCUCUACAACCCUUCUUUGCAUGGCCAGAAAUGUAUUGUUCAAACAACUUCAUGGUCCCAGUGCUCAAAGACCUGCGGAACUGGUAUCUCCACACGAGUUACCAAUGACAACCCUGAAUGCCGCCUGGUUAAAGAAACCCGUAUUUGUGAAGUGCGACCUUGUGGACAGCCAGCGUACAGCAGCCUGAAAAAGGGCAAGAAAUGCAGCAAGACCAAGAAAUCCCCUGAACCAGUCAAGUUUACUUAUGCUGGAUGUUCGAGUGUGAAGAAAUACCGGCCCAAGUACUGUGGUUCCUGCAUAGAUGGCCGAUGCUGUACGCCCCAGCAGACCAGGACUGUGAAGAUGCGGUUCCGCUGUGAAGAUGGAGAGAUGUUUUCCAAGAACGUCAUGAUGAUCCAGUCCUGCAGAUGCAACUACAACUGUCCACAUGCCAAUGAGGCAGCCUUUCCUUUCUACAGACUGUUCAAUGACAUUCACAAAUUUAGGGACUAAAUGCUACCUGGGCUUCCAGUGCAUGGGUGGACAAAUAAGGGAGAAGGAUGUCAGAAGCACAGAGACGUGGGUGGGGGCGGUAUGGGUAAAGGGACUCUAUUGUAGAGGGAAUGCAUUGCUCAUUCUUGAGUAGUACCAAGGUAUUUUGAAACUGCCAUGUGCGCUGGUGCAGAUGGACACUGAUGCAGCUGCGAUUUGAGAAUACUUUGCUUCAUAGUAUUGGAGCACACGUUACUGCUUCAUUUUGGAGCUUGUAGUGUUGACAUUCUGUUUUCUGUUUGUAAAUUAUUUGGUAAGCGUAUUUUUCUCUAGACUUUUUAUCCUUUCAGUUUUACAAUUGUAAGAGAUAAUAAGAUUACUUAGACAGUUAAAGCCUUAGUAGUCCUUUGACAGAAAUAAAUUGGAAAGCGUUCCAUCCCUUCCCGAGGUGACACUCUAUGAGUGUCGGUGAGAGGCAGCUAUCUGCACUCUAAACUGCAAACAGAAAUCAGGUGUUUUAAGACUGAAUGUUUUUAUUUAUCAAAAUGUAGCUUUUUGGGGGGGGUGGAGAAAUGUAAUACUGGAAUAAUUUGUAAAUGAUUUUAAUUUUAUAUUCAGUGAAAAGAAUUUAUUUAUGGAAUUAAUCAUUUAAUAAAGAAAUAUUUACCUAAUAA